GUAUGCCUCCGCUCAUCACAUAUCUCCCAUUCUCCUGCCCCCCCUUUCCUCUUCUCUCUCUUACUGUCUCUUUUUUUCUCUCUCUCUCUCUCUCUCUCCUCUGAUCAAAACCAAAACUAUAGAUAGGGGGGGAGACAAGGCGAACAAAGGAACAACACGGACAAUGAAGCAGAGCUCAUCUGAAGCAGCUCCAUCAUCGUCCUCAUCUACAUCCGAGCAAUCGCAGCCUUCCAUCUCGGCCCCCUCCUCCUCAUCGUCGCCGUCCGUGUCAAUCACCGCCGUCGAAGAUCUCACGGUGGGUUCCCGUGAUGCCGGCGGCCAAGAAUCGAUCACCGUCGAGCGACGCGGCGACUUCUCCGCCAUCUGCAAGUGGACGGUCUUCAAUUUCCCUAAGGUUAAGGCUAGGGCUUUGUGGAGCAAGUACUUCGAAGUUGGAGGCUACGAUUGUCGCCUCCUUGUGUACCCCAAGGGUGACUCGCAGGCUUUGCCUGGCUACAUCUCCAUCUACCUCCAAAUCAUGGACCCUCGCGGCACGUCGUCGUCCAAGUGGGACUGUUUCGCCAGCUACCGCCUCGCCGUCGUGAACCACGCCGACGAAGCGAAGUCUGUUCAUCGCGAUUCGUGGCACCGGUUCUCGACGAAAAAGAAAUCACACGGUUGGUGCGACUUCACCCCUUCUUCAUCAAUCUUUGAUUCUAAGGCCGGAUAUUUAUUUAACAAUGAUUGCGUUCUCAUCACUGCCGAUAUACUUAUUUUGAAUGAAUCCAUCAAUUUUGUGCGCGAUAACAAUGAAGCGCAAUCUGGGUCGUCAAUUUCGUCGUUGGUUGCUGGGGGUCCAGUUUCGGAUGUUUUGAGUGGGAAGUUCACUUGGAAAGUCCACAAUUUCAGUUUGUUUAAGGAGAUGAUUAAGACCCAGAAGAUAAUGAGCCCGGUGUUUCCAGCUGGAGAGUGCAAUUUGAGGAUUAGUGUGUAUCAGAGUUCGGUUAGUGGGGUUGAGUAUUUGUCUAUGUGUUUAGAGAGUAAAGAUACGGAGAAGACUGUGGUGUCAGAUCGGAGUUGUUGGUGUUUGUUUCGAAUGUCAGUGUUGAAUCAAAAACCAGGGUUGAAUCACAUGCACAGGGAUUCAUAUGGGCGUUUUGCAGCAGAUAACAAGAGUGGGGAUAAUACGAGUUUGGGAUGGAAUGAUUAUAUGAAGAUGUUGGAUUUUAUUGGGUCAGAUUCUGGGUUUUUGGUUGAUGAUACUGCAGUUUUUAGUGCGUCAUUUCAUGUAAUCAAGGAAUUUAGUAGUUUUUCAAAGAAUGGGGGAUUGAUUGGAGGGAGGAGUGGUAGUGGUGCGAGGAAGACUGAUGGGCAUUUGGGGAAAUUCACUUGGAGGAUUGAAAAUUUCACAAGGUUGAAAGAUCUUCUGAAGAAGAGGAAGAUUACGGGUCUUUGCAUAAAGAGCAGAAGGUUUCAAAUUGGGAAUCGGGAUUGCCGUCUUAUUGUUUAUCCUCGAGGGCAGUCUCAGCCACCGUGCCACCUUUCUGUGUUUCUUGAAGUUACAGAUUCACGAAACACUUCCAGUGAUUGGAGUUGUUUUGUGAGUCAUCGGCUGUCAGUUGUGAACCAGAGAAUGGAGGACAAAUCUGUAACAAAAGAAUCUCAGAACCGCUACUCCAAAGCUGCAAAAGACUGGGGCUGGCGUGAAUUUGUUACUCUUACUAGUCUUUUUGAUCAAGAUUCUGGGUUUCUCGUUCAGGACACUGUUGUGUUCUCUGCUGAGGUUCUUAUUUUGAAGGAGACAUCUAUAAUGCAGGAUUUUGCUGAUCAAGAUAGUGAUUUGAGUAACACUGGUUCACAUAUUGAAAGGGUUGGGAAAAGAAGUUCUUUUACAUGGAAAGUGGAGAACUUCUUGUCCUUCAAGGAGAUUAUGGAAACCCGUAAAAUCUUCAGCAAAUUCUUUCAAGCUGGUGGAUGUGAGCUGCGCAUUGGUGUGUACGAAUCCUUUGAUACCAUAUGUAUAUAUCUGGAGAGUGAUCAAUCUGUUGGGAGUGAUCCGGAUAAGAAUUUUUGGGUUCGAUACAGGAUGGCUGUGGUGAAUCAAAAGAAUGCAUCCAAAACUGUGUGGAAGGAGUCAUCUAUUUGUACAAAAACAUGGAAUAAUUCUGUUCUUCAAUUUAUGAAAGUUUCGGAUAUGCUAGAAGCUGAUGCAGGAUUUCUUGUGCGUGACACAGUUGUUUUUGUAUGUGAAAUCUUGGACUGCUGUCCAUGGUUUGAGUUCUCAGGCCUAGAGGUUUUAGCUUCCGAGGAUGAUCAGGAUGCUUUAACAACUGACCCUGAUGAGCUCAUUGAUUCAGAAGACAGUGAAGGGAUAAGUGGAGAUGAAGAAGAUAUCUUUAGAAACCUUCUUUCCAGGGCAGGUUUUCACCUCACAUACGGAGAUAAUCCUUCACAGCCACAGGUCACAUUAAGAGAAAAGCUUCUAAUGGAUGCUGGUGCAAUUGCUGGUUUUCUGACUGGACUUCGUGUUUAUCUCGAUGACCCUGCUAAGGUGAAGCGUUUGCUCCUCCCAACAAAGCUCUCUAGUUGUAAUGAUGGAAAGGUCUCGAAGACUGAUGAAUCUUCCCCCAGUCUGAUGAAUUUGUUGAUGGGAGUAAAAGUUCUGCAGCAGGCAAUUAUUGAUUUACUAUUGGAUAUAAUGGUUGAGUGUUGCCAGCCUUCAGAGGGAAGCUCUUAUGGUGAUUCUUCAGAUGCAAGCUUGAAACCUUCUCCAGAUGGCAGUGGAGCUAUCAGUCCCCUGGAAUCUGAUAGGGAAACUGGGGCAUCAGAAUCUGUGGAACUCCCGGUAUAUGAGAGGUUAGAUUCUGGGGUAGAUGAAAAUACUAAUGGAUCUGCAGUACAGAGCUCAGAUAUGAAUGGUAUUCCCAUAACUAAUAAAGCUGUUCCUGGACAGCCCAUUUGUCCCCCAGAAACAUCUGCUAGUGGUUCUUUAGAAAAUGCUUCCCUUCGCUCCAAGACUAAGUGGCCAGAGCAGUCUGAGGAGCUUUUGGGAUUGAUUGUGAACUCAUUAAGAGCUCUAGAUGGGGCUGUUCCACAAGGUUGUCCUGAGCCAAGACGGAGGCCUCAGUCUGCACAAAAGAUUUCUAUUGUCUUGGAUAAGGCUCCAAAACAUCUGCAGCCAGAUCUGGUUGCUUUGGUUCCCAAAUUGGUCGAACAUUCGGAGCAUCCGCUCGCUGCUUGUGCACUUCUAGACCGACUUCAAAAGCCGGACGCAGAACCUGCAUUACGGUUACCUGUUUUUGGUGCUCUUAGUCAAUUGGAGUGUGGUAGCGAGGUUUGGGAACGCGUUCUAUUGCAAUCUCUUGAACUUUUGGUGGACGCAAAUGAUGAACCUCUUGCUGCAACCAUAAAUUUUAUUUUUAAAGCUGCAUCCCGAUGCCAGCAUCUUCCUGAAGCCGUUAGAUCUGUUCGUGUUAGGCUAAAAAAUUUGGGUGCUGAGGUGUCUCCUUGUGUCCUUGAUUUUUUAAGUAGGACUGUAAAUAGUUGGGGAGAUGUUGCCGAAACUAUACUAAGAGAUAUUGACUCUGAUGAUGAUUUUGGUGACAAUUGCUCAGCAUUGCCUUGUGGGCUUUUCUUAUUUGGUGAAAAUGGGCCUACAGGAGGGUUGCAUGCGGUGGAUGAGCAGGCUUUCCGUGCUUGUCGUUAUUUUUCUGAUAUUUAUAUCCUGAUAGAGAUGUUGUCUAUACCUUGCCUUGCUGUUGAAGCCUCCCAAACUUUUGAGAGAGCUGUGGCUCGGGGGGUCAUCAUGGCUCAAUCAGUAGCCAUGGUAUUGGAAAGACGCAUUGCUCAAAGACUGAAUUUCAAUUCCAGGUUUGCUGCUGAAAAUUUCCAGCACACAGAUGUGGUAGCGGAGGGAGAAACCAAUGAGCAGCUGAGAGUCCAACAAGAUGAUUUUACUUCAAUUCUUGGUCUAGCUGAGUCAUUGGCUCUCUCUAGAGAUCUGCGUGUAAAGGGCUUUGUGAAGAUGCUCUACACUAUAGUGUUUAAAUGGUAUGCUGAUGAGUCUUACCGAGGGAGGAUGCUGAAGAGACUAGUUGAUCGCGCCACCAGCACAACAGAUAGUAGUCGUGAAGUAGAUUUGGAUUUGGAUAUUUUGGUCAUUUUGGCUUGUGAGGAACAAGAAAUAGUUAGACCAGUGUUGAGCAUGAUGCGGGAGGUUGCUGAACUUGCAAAUGUUGAUCGUUCAGCUCUGUGGCAUCAGCUAUGCGCAACUGAAGAUGAAGUUAUUCGCGUUCGUGAAGAAAAGAAAGUUGAAAUUUCUAACGUGAUGAGAGAAAAAGCUAUUUUAGCACAAAAGUUGUGUGAAUCUGAUGUCACCACCAACCGUCUCAAGUCCGAAAUGAGGUCUGAGACAGAUCGUUUGGCUCGGGAAAAGAAGGAGCUCUCUGAACAGAUGCAGGAGGUUGAAAGUCAGCUUGAGUGGCUUCGUUCAGAGCGGGAUGAUGAAAUCACGAAACUCACAGCUGAGAAAAAAAUUCUUCAGGAUCGUCUUCAUGAUGCAGAGACACAACUUUCACAAUUGAAGUCCCGGAAACGUGAUGAAUUGAAGAGAGUUGUGAAGGAGAAAAAUGCUCUUGCUGAAAGGUUAAAGAGUGCUGAAUUAGCACGCAAAAGAUUUGAUGAUGAACUGAAACGCUAUGCCACAGAAAAUGUUACUAGAGAGGAAAUCCGACAGUCACUUGAGGACGAAGUUCGACGGCUGACGCAAACAGUUGGGCAAACUGAAGGAGAAAAGAGGGAGAAAGAGCAGCAGGUUGCUCGAUGCGAAGCAUACAUUGAUGGGAUGGAAUCAAAACUGCAAGCCUGCGAGCAAUAUAUCCAUUCUCUUGAGGGUUCACUUCAAGAAGAGAUGUCUCGACAUGCACCUCUAUACGGUGCUGGCUUGGAAGCUCUAUCAAUGAAGGAGUUGGAUACGCUGUCCCGUAUCCAUGAAGAUGGUCUUAGACAGAUCCAUGCCAUCCAACAACGUAAAGGGAGUCCCGCAGGAAGUCCUCUUAUGAGCCCCCACACACUCCCACCCUCUCAUGGGUUGUACCCUACUGCCCCACCUCCAAUGGCUAUAGGAUUGCCUCCGCUCAUCCCAAAUGGUGUUGGUAUCCAUAGCAAUGGGCACAUGAAUGGUGCAGUUGGACCAUGGUUCAACCAUUCUUAAUCUGUUGGGGAGUUCAUGGUGUUUCAGCUGUGCCACUGAUGAUUCAUUUGGUCGGUGUUCUGUGUCACCUAGUGUGGAGCUCGGUAACAUCUAUCUCAAUAUGAAGGGGUAUUUUUUGUUUUGGGAAUAUUUCUUGGCAUUUUAACUGCUAGAUCUGUUGGAACAGGGUGAGGAUAAAGAAAUAAUGCAAAUGUAUGAUGUGAAGGGGGAGUAGUGUUUUUGGCAAUUGAAUGCCAGGAAGAGAGUCCAAUAGAACUAGCAGUUGUAAUGCAA